CAUUUUAAUGUUGUCAUUUGUGCCGCCACUCCGGCCGUCGGGAGUGUUUAAUAAUAAACUUGCGCUUCGUGUUUUAUUUUUGGCUCGAGAGUGCGUCAUGUAUUGAUCCACGCGAGGACGACGAGUUGGCGAAACGAGGCGAGCAGUUGUUUUUGUCAAGACUAUGUCGACAAAUAAAACAAAGAAAGUCAAAAUGGCUACGAAAUCUUGUCCCGAAUGCGACCAACAGAUCCCCGUGGCGUGCAAGUCGUGCCCGUGCGGCUACGUGUUCAUUAGCAGGAAGCUCCUCAACGCCAAACUGAACGAGUGCUCGCCCACAAACGCGGCCGACAAGCUGGAAUGUAAGCGUCGGCGCACGGAGCGCAUCCGGCGCGAGCGUCUGGACUGCGGCCUGGCGCCGGGGGGGGGCGACGGGGGGGACGGGAGGAGGCAGCGGCCGAGGGCCAACAGCCAAUCGGACCCCAUCCGGAGGGGCCGAGGGAGACCCAAGACCGUCGGACUCAAGAAACAGGACGAUGACAAAGAGAAACAAGAGAAGGAAGUGGACGUGUACGCGGGCCUGUCAGACGAGCGAGCCUUCGUGUUCUCCGUGGCCUUGGCUGAGAUCAACCGCAAGAUCCUGGCUCAGACGCUCAUCUUGUAGCCGUCCGCAACGAGGACGCGAAGCGGCGGCGGACAUUUACGAGGACUUUGGAUUGAGGAGUUGAAGCGAUCUUACACAUACUUGGCAAUAAACGACAACGCCGCGCUGAAAAGUUUCGACAAACUGUCAAAAUGCAUCUCGUUUGCGAGUUCCCUUCGAGCUCCUCCCCCUCGCGCAAAGGUCGAUUCGAGGCAACUGCACGGUUCUCGUCGUCACCUUUUAAUCCAAAGGGUUUGUUCAGUUCGAAGACUUGAGCUGUUGGCUGUGAGCUCCUUAUAUGGGGCUCAGUGGGUGUGGCCGCCAUGUUGUUUGGAGCAGUCCAACCAACAGUUGCUUGAUUGGACCAAGACCUGGAUGACUUGGGAAUGGACACAGCUCUACUCCCCCCCCCCCCCCCGCCAUGAAUCCAUGUCAGGCCUUGAGUCGCUCAACUCGUGGUUAGCGUGUUUUCCUCCUCGUCACCGUUGAUGUCAUUGACCUCCGUUGUAAAAAUAAAAAUGUUUGCAGCCGGGGGCGCCGCGCUUUGACCGAUGAGUCGAAUGGGGACAAAAGUUGCAUAUCACACACACACACACACACACAACACUCGUGUAAACAGUAACCGCACAGACACUUUGGACUUUUGGCAGUGUGGAAGUGCAAGCCAAAAGAAACUUCCACUUGCCUUUCACUCCACACAACAGCCGACACGACGUCACAGUGAGUACGCGCUUUCCCCAUUUAUAAUAUUUUUUACAAGUCCCCUAAUACGACAUAGACGAGAAUGAUCGAUGGAUUUAUCGAUUGAGCCUGACUUCAUAUUUUAUGAGGACAAAUGUACCACACACAUUCAUUCAUUUCCUGUCAUGUAUAUUGAACUCAUAUAUAUGUAUUUCAAUUUGAAGCUGAUAUUUUCAGGUUAAAUGACGAAAAGAAAAACCCCAUCUAAAAAAGCCGCCACAAAAUGCUACGAUCCAAAGAAAUUCCAGAACGGACGAGAAAUGAAGUCAUUGACAGCAAACGGCCUGCAAAGGGUUGCAAAAGCCAUUUCUAAAGCUUUACGAUUCCAGAGAACCAUCGGGAGAACCGUUAACCCUCACACGGAGAAAACACGGAACAGUGGCAAAUCUUCUCAGGAGUCGCCAGCUGGGCCAAAAUAUCUGCACAGGCAUGUGAAAGACUCAUUGGCAGUUAUAGAAAACGCUUGAUUUCAGUUGUUGCUGCUGACCAGUUCUUUGGUUUAGGGGGCCGUUACUUUUUCACACAGAGCAAGGGCGCUUUGAAUAGUUUCCUUUCCUUCAUCGAUAGAUUCACCAUUUAAAAACAGCAUUUUAUGGUCGCUUGGGUUAGCUUUGUCUGAUAUAUUUGUUCGAUGACGUUAAACAUUAAAAGUGGCAGAACUGUGAUUUGAGAAGGGUAUCGGGGCUUUUUUCACGGCACCGUAGAUGCACUCGAAAAAACGAAGAUCCAUGAAUGUCCACGUUUUGCCUUCCAGACAUGUUUGGUGGCCGCGUGCUUCUCUUCGUCUUCCUCUCAGGUAAAAAAAAAUGAAAGUGAAACGCAUU